AUGCCCGAGUACCACCCCUCAAUGGACACCUACAGGCAAAAGAUCGCCGCGCGCGACGAGCACGUCCGCGAGUCCUGGAUCAAGGCCAUGGAGGCCCGCAUUGUCCGCGGCGAGCUCCAGAAGUGCUACAAGUACGAGGGCGUCAACCACUACGAGAACUGCAAGGAGCUGGCCGAGAAGUACGCGCACAUGAUCCGCGACAAUGCGAUCAAGGGCUACAAGACCAUCGACACCGAGUAG